AGCUGAGAGCUGCCAGGCAUUUGGCCAAAUUGCUCUCCUGGCUGCCACCUCGGCGGCGCUUUGCCUGCUGUUGCUCCCAGAAGAGGGAAGGUGCAGCAGGGCUGACUCUCUCUCUCUCUCUCUUUCAAUCUCUUUUUGUCCAGUCUCUGUGUCAGACCAGGAAGCCAACAACAAGAUCCUGCUGGCUCCUUGCUGUUCAUUGCCAGACGGCAGUCUUUUGAGUUUCAUCAGCAAAUGAUUGAGCUCCCAGGAAGCUUACCUCUCCUCUAAAAAUGGGGCCAGCCUCUGUGGGUCUUCGUGCUCCUCCUGCCCAAGGAUUGGACUUGCUUUUCCUCCUAAGGUCAUCCAUGAUCUGACCCAUUCGGGGUGGGAUAUGAAGGUGGUCCGGAGCAGGCAGGGAGGGUGGAAUGUCGGGUUUCCACUUGGUGAGAUCUCAGACUUGCCUCAGCUCUCUGAGGGUCUCCCUGAGGAUCCCAUCUCCGACGACAACCUUCUGGACGUGAUUUGGAGAAAGAUGCAUCUGUUCCGCAGCUGCAGUUACCGGAUCCAGUUGGAAGGGCAGGUGGGAAGUGCUCCACGGAUCCAGGGCAUCCGAUGGACCCCUCUUCCAGACCGUGAAUCAGCUCUGGUGCCUAGCCACAGAGUAAAGCAGGCUUCUUCGAACAAAAUUCAGAAAGCGGGGAGACUCCUUGGUGCUCACUUAGUAACAAUGUAUCCAGAUUUAAUUCGUGAUCACAAGCACCAUCUCCGGCUUUACAGGCAAUGCUGUUCUGGGAAAGAGCUGGUAGAUGCUCUCCUAAGAGCAGGGCUUUCUAUACAGACCCGCAGCCAAGCUCUUGGACUCUGCCAAGUCCUGAUGGAUGAAGGAGUUCUGUCUCACGUUCGACAGGAGAGCUACUUCCAAGACAGAGAUGCCCAGUUCUUCCGCUUUGUGGCCCUGGAGGUGAAUGCUGAAGACCGGGACAGCGAGGAGCUGUUGGAGGCAUUGGCAUUGCUUACCCAGUUGGGCCCUACUGCAUUGCUUACUACUAUCCUGAGAAAACCCCCUGGACAGCGCACAGAUGAGGAGCUUGCACUGAUCUUUGAAGAGUUGCUGCAUAUCAAGGCCGUGGCCCAUCUCUCCAGUUCAGUGAAGAGAGAACUGGCUGCUGUCUUGCUGUUUGAAUCCCACGCAAAAGCAGGAACUGUGUUGUUUAGCCAAGGGGACAAGGCCACCUCCUGGUACAUCAUCUGGAAGGGAUCAGUCAAUGUUGUCACACAUGACAAGGGCUUGGUGACAACACUGCAUGAGGGUGAUGAAUUUGGGCAGCUUGCACUUGUGAAUGAUGCCCCACGUGCAGCCACCAUCAUCCUCCGGGAAGACAACUGCCACUUCCUCCGUGUGGACAAACGGGAUUUCAACCGCAUCCUCAAGGAUGUUGAAGCCAACACAAUGCGGCUGAAGGAACAUGGGAAAGUAGUGUUAGUUCUGGAGAAGAAUUCACAAGGCAGUAACCUUCCUGGAACUCCAGGGGGCAGUAGGUACUCAGUAAUGGCUGGAACCCCUGAAAAAAUACUUGAUUAUUUGCUGGAAGUCAUACGUCCUGAUUCCGUGCUCUCGGAUCCUGUAGACGCUGGCCUUGGAGAUUUUCUCCUGACCCAUGAUGUUUUCAUGCCAACCCCACAGCUGUGCAGAACACUGUUCCAACACUUCCAUUCAGAACCUUCAGAGGGCACUGAACAGGAAAAGGCUGCUUACAUCCUGAGCAAAAGGCAGAAGAUCUUGCGGCUGGUGAACCAGUGGGUGUCAAUGUAUGGGCGCCUGCUUCAGGCUGAACCCAGUGCUGUGGCCUUCUUGCAGAAUCUCUCAGAGCGUGUAGCCCAGGACUUUCGUCUAGGCUCCCUGCUUAAGGAGCAGUUGCAGGAUCGGCGGAAGAACCGAAUCUUAGAAAAUGGCAGCAACAAUGCAUCACCAACACUUCAGGUGCGAAGUGUGGUGGACUGGUUUGCCAGGCAGGAGGAGCCAUACCUGAACAGUAGUUAUACUAUCCGAGCCAAGGACAAAGUGAUGUAUGACAUCUACAGACCAGACAAUUCCUGCCUCACAACACUGCUCCAGGUCAAUGCUACAGUGCAGGAAGUUCUUGCAUCACUGUCAGAUUGUCAUGGCUGGAGCAAGGACUGGAUCCUCAUCAAAGUCAAUUCAUCAGGGGAUAAAGAGGUAUUGCCCAUGGAGACUUUUGGAGUGUUUACAUCAUUGGGAUUGAAUGAAAGACUCUUUGCUGUCACUGCUCAAGAACUUCAUACAAUAACUCCUCACCCUGAGCAACAGUGUCCCACUGUGGGUUCUUUAGAAACCCUAGAUCUAAUCAGUUCCAAAGAUCUGGCCAACCAGCUCACUGAACACGACUGGAAUCUCUUCAAAAGCAUCCAUCAGGUGGAGCUGGUCUACUACAUUUUUGGGCCACAGAAGUUUCCCAAUGCAACCACAGCCAACCUGGAGCGUUUUCUGCGUCGUUUCAAUGAGCUGCAAUUCUGGGUCACCACUGAGCUUUGUCUUUGUCCAGAUGUUAUCAAGAGGGCACAGCUGCUCCGCAAAUUCAUCAAGAUGGCAGCACACCUAAAGGACCAAAAGAACCUGAACACUUUCUUUGCAGUGAUGUUUGGACUGAGCCAUUCAGCCGUGAGCCGUCUUUCAAGGACAUGGGAGAAGCUACCUCAUAAAAUGCGAAAGCUGUUCAACACCAUGGAACGAAUGCUGGAUCCUUCUUGGAAUCACCGAAUCUAUAGACUGGCUAUGGCCAAACUAACUCCACCCAUGAUCCCUUUUAUGCCCCUCCUUCUUAAAGACAUGACCUUCAUCCAUGAGGGCAACCGAACAUCAGUGGAAAACCUUGUCAACUUUGAGAAGCUGCAUAUGAUGGCCAAGGCUGUUCAUCUGGUACAUUACUGUAGGAGUCUCCCCAACCUUCCAUUGUCUCCUUUGCGCAGUCGUCCUCAGCACCUACUGGAAGAAGCUCGGGCUAUGCGCGCCUCCACCUGCUCAGAGCAGUCCCUCAGCACUCGGAGUCCAGCUGCUACCUGGGUGUACCUCCAGCACUUGAAAGUGAUUGACAACCAGAAGGAACUUCUUCGGCUUUCACGAGACCUCGAAUCUUGAUCCAGACUAUAAGACAUGAGGUGUACAUAUGGUCCAGCAAGGAAAAGAACUGCUAGGAAGGGCAUCUCAUCACAAGUUAGCCCUACCUUUUAAGACAGACAAUGGAAAAGCAGGAUCCUGAACCCACAGGAACAUCCUGCAUUCCCUUUGUGGCACCCUUGAUUUCCACCCUGGAGCCAGGAGAGUUGGUGCUAACUGUGCCCAGGUCAGAGGACGGAGGUGCCUGCUGCUACCCAUAAUGUUUUUGGAGGCUGAAAAAUAGACAGUUUGGACUUUAAAAACACACACACUUUUGACUGCUUUAUUGCGAAGAGGACAAAGGUUUCUAAUCCUAAUUUAUCAGUGUUCAUGAGGAAUGGGGCUUUUUUAAAAAAAAGUAUGUGGAAAGAUUGCAUUUAUGUGUCUGGUGGACUGUGAAUUUCUGAUCAAUUUAUUCUAGCUUUUGAUAUAUAUUAAAGAAAUAUCUGGGACAGUCAUUUGGGUUGAGGUCAGCUAGUAGAUACUUCUGUAAUUACAUCCAGGGUCAAUUCAAGGCAUUUUGUUGCCUAUGACUAAUGCAUGGGGUCCAUUUCCAUUUACAAAAGCCACUGGACUGGUGUUUGCAUCUGCAGCCAGCAUUUUAGGAGAGGGGAGGCAGGCAGAGUAAGUUGUGUGGCAUACCCUUAUACUGCAAUGUCCUCAAAAAUGGGAACAACUGAAGAUCCAGGAAGAACAACAAAGGUAUCAUUUCUCCCCUCUGUACCUGCUAUUAGGGCAGCUGCCUCACUUUGCCUAGUGAUAAGGUCACAUCUAGAUUCAUCUAGUCUUUCAUUUUCUAAGGACUAUUGUAUAUAUUCAUGCACCUCAUGUAUAAGGGCCAAAAUUAUGGAUUUUGAUAUGACCUAUGAAUAAGCUGAGGGUCAUUCUGUGGAGAGAGGAAAGUGCCAGCACAGUUUCAAGGGGCCGCUAUCACCAUUUUGCACCCGGGCAUUCACUACUCAGAGAUGGAAAUUUAAGAGAAAACAAUAGUUCAGGUGCAGUAUUAAGCUGUUUCAAAUAAACCAAAAAAAAAAAACCCACUCCCUUCUCUGAAUACAGUGAAUACAUUAAAAAAGACAAACCCUAAGUUAGCACCACAAAUCUAGAGAAAAUUCCAAACCAGACUGAAGAAUUAAGUCCUCAAAAGCCCUCUUCCUGUGUGUAAAUGAAUCUACCCAUUUUGCAUUCUUCCCCAUUUUGUAAAGAUCUCAGGCUAAUACUAUCUUAUGUAUGAAGAUGUUUGUGCAUUUGUAUAACUUAUUUUCAACAAAAGGAAACCAAAUAAAAUUUUCAACCAUU